UCGUCCCCUACACCCUCAUUAACUAUUCCCUACAUUAGUCCACUCAUUCAGUUCACAUGAAGGAGUGAAUGAAAACCUGUGAGUGAAUUCGGAUACUGAGCGCACCGGAAGAACUGCCGCUUUUGCAUAUUUGCUUGCUGUUUAAUAAUCAUUUGAAACGGGCAGCUCCAGUAGUAAGAUUGAAGGAUUUAUCUUGAACUCUGUUACGGAAAUUAUGUGUAAACCCUAAUAGUCAAUUUACAAUUAAUUUGUGCCUGUGUUGUAUUACGCUGUAUUACGCCUUGGACGAGCGCUUCUAAAAUAAACGAAUGGAUGAUUCAGCUGCGUGCGCCAUCUUCUGGCGAGACGCGGGAAUUCACUUUGCGCGCGACUCUCACAGUGCAUUAGGGGUUAACUCUAGCCCUUGAGUGUACAUCGGUUGUACACUCGUUUUUGCGGUGCAUUGUGGGAUUGAAUGAGUGCACUCGAGAACGUCCACUAUGGUUUCCAACACCACUUAAAAUGGCCGUCCCCUCAAAUAGUUUAGGGGGCGUUUCGGGGUUUAGGGGGCGAUUUCGGAUUUCGGAUACAGCCAGUUUAUCCAUGUUCUACCCCUGAGUGUAAAAACGGAAAAUCAAGACAACUGCACAUUCAUGGGAGGUGGAAUUCCUCUGUCAUCUGAGUUCUUUAAAGUGGCCAAGAAUGAUCUCUGGCUGUUCCUCGUUCCUGCUGUGUUUGCUGUGCUUCUUCUUGCUCUCUUCAUGGAGGAGAUCGGCUUCUUUCUGCGUCAUGUCCCCUCUCAGCGGCGUAGACGUCUCAGCCUGUGGAUCCUGGGAAUAUAUCCAGUCUUCGGGAUGACGUCUAUCAUUGCGCUAUAUGUUCCACGCUCUUCAUCUCUGUGCAACUUCAUUGCAUCUCUUUAUCACUCCAUUACACUCUUGAAGUUCAUGGGUCUUAUCAAAGACUUCUUUGGUGGAAAGACUCGCAUGCUGGAGAUGUUAGCAGGGGAGCAGGUGUCUCCAAACCCCUUCCCUUGCUGUUGCUGUUGCUGUCUUCCUCUCUUCAACAUCAACAAGACCAGCGUGGGCUGGAUGAUGGCUGCUGUUCUUCAGCUCUCUGUGGUCAGAACUGUCUUGUUCUUCCUCACUCUUGUCCUCUGGACUGAUGAGCAAUACGACUAUGGGGAUGUGAAUUCAGUUAAUCUCAACAUGUAUGUCAACGGCAUCAUUGCCAUAUCCACGUUUCUGUCUUUCUACGGCUACUUGCUGUUUUAUAAAGCCACAAAAAGGGCAUUGCCUGGAUAUAGUCUUCGAGCCAAGUUUAUUUGCAUCAUUGUCAUCCUGGUCCUUUGUGGACUACAGAGUGGGAUUCUGGAGACCAUGGGUGCACUGAAUGUCAUCCCCUGCACUCCUCCCUUCUCUGACCUGUUUCGGUCUCAAUUAAUCUACCACUAUUCUGUAAUUGUGGAGAUGUUCUGCAUCAGCCUCUUUGCGCAUCACACAUUCCGGAAAGUUGAACCCUGUCAUGAAGAGGGUGAAGAAAUAGAAGUUGAUGUCAUAAGAGCUCUCAAUGAAAAGGCAAUUCAGACAGAAGAUGAGCUGCCAAUCGCUGUGCAGCUCUCCUCUCAAGAAGAUGAUCCAUGCCAUUCUAACCUCGGAUACAAUAGUGACAGUGAAGACAGCCUCUGUAAAAUUGAACACGCACCACUGGACCGCUUCCCGUUCCCCUUACAGCACAGACUGCAAACUGUGGCAAACACUGGGAAAGUGUGUACUUCAUCACCUGAGGACUCCAUGAGUGUGGACCGGCCGACAAUUACUGUCAGUGCUGAAAUUAACCAUGUUAACAAUGGUGAUGUUACUGUUGUAUAGAAGAAAAAGAGAGAAAAAUGUAUAUAUUUGUAUAGUCUUAUACUUUAGUUGUGACAUUAUUCCAUUUUAUUUGUCUGUGACUCCACUGGGGUCAGGAAACUAAAUUAAGGUAUUUAAAAG